ACCGUUUAUCGGAUUAAUUUUUUGUAUCGUCAGCUAAUAGAAAACAACGCCACCCUUUUGUUUUCGUUUCCGCUUUGCCCCUACCGCAAUUUUUAAUUUCACGAGCUUCGAGUUUCUCGGCAACACUGCCUAAUGCUUCUGUUGCUUUCUGCCUGAUGGAAGGCCCUUGAGAGUCGUUGAGAGACUCUCUCUUCCUCUCUGCUCUUCUCUCGUCGUUUCGACUUUCGUGCACAUCUUGCUGAUUUCAGAGUGUUAAUCGGCCUUUACUUCUCUGUCCGAUUCACAAAAGAAAAGCUUGGAAAUUUUGAAUUUCAGAUCCUUAAUUGAUUUUCAAGUUGGGGUUGAAAGCUAAUAAUCCUAAGGUUCAUUUAAGGUAGAAUUUUCACUUCCAAAACAGUUGAAAGUAUUUGAGUCUGAUGUCUCCUCUCCUGCUGACUGCUGACGAGGGAGAGCAGAGCAAUGGCUCUUCUUCACCCACUGUGGAUUGUAUCUCCCAAAAUGGUUCAGGACUAAAGGAGCGUAAUUACAUGGGUUUGUCAGAUUGUUCUUCAGUGGAUUGCUCUGCAGUCUCGAGCUUGUCAGAAGAGAAAAAGAACAAUCUGAACUUGAAGUCAACAGAACUGAGGCUUGGCCUUCCUGGAUCCCCCGAACGAACACCUGAGCUUUGCUUGCUGAACACGGGGAAACUCGAUGAGAAGCCACUGUUUCCUUUAACUCCUUCAAAGGAAGGAAUCUGCUCGUUGUUACAGAAGCAUGUUGUUUCGGGAAAUAAGCGAGGUUUCUCCGACACUAUAGAUGGGUUCUCAGAGGUUAAAGGUUGUGUGCAUACUGCAGGAAAUUCGAUGAUUCAUGCGACUUCUGAUUCCCAACCUCCACAAUCUGUGGGGCAAGGGAAGUUUCCUGGUAAUUCAGGGAUGAAUGUAGGGCCAUCAUCCAUGUCUUAUGGGGCUCGCUCACACAUAUUGGAGUUUUCUGGAAAGAUUUUGCAGGAAGAUCCUUGUGCUACGAAUGGAACUAGCAACAACCAUAAAACUGCUUCAAAAAACAACAGCAGCUCUCUGGCUCCCAAGGCUCAGGUUGUUGGUUGGCCUCCAAUUAGAUCAUUUAGGAAGAAUUCAUUGGCCACCACUCCAAAGAACAGCCCCAGUGCCCAUUUUGUAAAGGUCAGCAUGGAUGGUGCUCCCUAUCAGAGGAAGGUAGAUCUUAGAACAUAUUCUACAUAUCAAGAGCUGUCAACCGCUCUUGAGAAGAUGUUCAGCUGUUUUACCAUUGGUCAAUGUGGAUCCCAAGGAGCACUGGGGAGGGAAAUGCUGAGUGAGAGGAAGUUAAGGGAUCUUCUACAUGGAUCAGAUUAUGUGCUUACAUACGAGGAUAAAGAUGGUGACUGGAUGCUUGUAGGGGAUGUACCGUGGGUGAUGUUUUUUGAAUCGUGCAAGAGGCUGAAAAUCAUGAGGGGUUCUGAUGCCAUUGGCUUAGCUCCCAGGGCCAUGGAGAAGACCAGUAAAAGGAUCUAACUAAUCUCUGGAACUCUUGACUGGCCGGCCACCAAGCUCAAGAUGUGACUUCCAAGCAGGUAAGAAAGGUGGAGGAAUUCGAUAAAUAUGAAGGAAAGAAAUGACAGGGUAGUCUGUGCUGGAUGGUAGGUCAUGUUCAGAUGCACAUCUUGUCUUGCAAGUAUCUAUCUUUUGAUAUCUUUCUGAAAGUUUGUCAGCCUGUGUCGAAUUCCGAUCAAUUAAAACCUGGUAAAAAAUUUAGUAUAAUGUAGUUUAUAUUCCUUAUAAAAACCAAGUUGUUCAAAAUAUUACUAUUUGAUGAAUCUGUCUGAUUAAUGACCACUUGAAAUAAACUGUGAUGAUGGUUUAAUAUUA